AUGAAAACUGAAUGGCUAUGGAUUUGUCUCCGCUGGCUGGUGGCCGGGAGGAUGCCACUAUUCUUCAUCAUGACUAGUAUUGAGCUCAAUUACGGCUCAACCAACGCCGAAGAUGUACUUCAACGUUCCUAUAGGCUGUUGAUACAUACAAUCUAUCUUUUGAUUGCCAUUCUUUAUACGCCAAUGCCGACCCAAUGGCCCAACAACCAGGAAGCUUUAACUCACAAACCGCAUCGCCUCGCCCCUCCAACCCCGCUGCUGCGGCAGGUCUUGGCUCAGCGCUGCACAGAAAUUCAGGACAGGGUUCUGCUGGACGAAAUGAUUGGUAGACGGCCGCGGCUUCGCGUCCUGCAGAGCGAGUGCUCUACGUCUUCAUCGGGAAAUCAUCCGCUCGAAAAAGGCCAGCUGAAGAACGGUUCAAGGCAAUGA